AUGCCGUUUGCUGGCUCCGAGUUGUCUGCUCCUGUGCUCGACGGCCCCUCUUUCCUCGGCCGGGCGCUGCUGCAGCCCGGUGUGACGCCAGGCGGAUUGGGAAGGGCAGCGGGAGCGGCGCGUUCCCGGGCCUGGAAGCUGGAGAGGAGCCGGCCGCUCCGCCGCAGCCGCAGGGACCCGGCCGUCCUCUCCCGCCUGGGCGGCUUCCAGGCGUCCCUGAGCUCGGGAUGGGGGAAUCCGGAUGUGGCGCUCCUAGAGUACCAGCAUCAUUCCAGGGAUUACGCGUCCCACCUGCCGCCCGGGUCCAUCAUGCAGCCGCAGCGGAGGAGGCCGUCCCUGCUCUCCGAGUUCCAGCCAGGCAACGAGAGGUGGCAGGAGCUGCACCUGCGGAGCGAGGCGCACUCCUACCUGUCCGACCUGGCCAAGCCGGCCGACCUGGAGUUCAUGGAGACGAAGAGGCCGCGCCUGGAGCUGCUGCCGGACCCGCUGCUGCGGCACUCGCCGCUCCUGAGCCAGAGCCAGCAGGGCGGCACCGAGGAGCUCGCAAAGGACCGCGGCCUGCCUGGCAAACUGGAGCCCGUGUCUCCAGUCAGCCCUCCUCACCCGGACUCCGAGCUGGACCUGCUGCCAGCCCGGCUCUCCAAGGAGGAGCUCAUUCAGAACAUGGAUCGCGUGGACCGCGAGAUCACCAUGGUGGAGCAGCAGAUCUCCAAGCUGAAGAAGAAGCAGCAACAGUUGGAGGAGGAAGCAGCCAAACCGCCGGAGCCCGAGAAACCCAUCUCGCCGCCGCCGAUCGAGUCCAAGCACCGCAGCUUGGUGCAGAUCAUCUACGACGAGAACCGGAAGAAAGCCGAGGCCGCCCACCGGAUCCUGGAAGGACUGGGGCCCCAAGUGGAGCUGCCAUUAUACAACCAGCCUUCAGACACCAGGCAGUACCAUGAGAACAUUAAAAUAAACCAGGCAAUGCGGAAAAAGUUAAUUUUGUACUUCAAGAGGAGAAAUCAUGCUCGCAAACAGUGGGAACAGAAAUUUUGCCAGCGCUAUGACCAGCUGAUGGAAGCCUGGGAAAAGAAAGUGGAGCGCAUCGAAAAUAACCCCCGGCGCCGCGCCAAGGAGAGCAAAGUGCGGGAAUACUAUGAGAAGCAAUUCCCGGAGAUCCGGAAGCAGCGGGAACUGCAAGAGCGCAUGCAGAGGGUAGGACAGAGGGGCAGCGGCCUCUCCAUGUCGGCCGCCCGCAGCGAGCACGAGGUGUCGGAAAUCAUCGAUGGGCUCUCGGAACAGGAGAACCUGGAGAAGCAGAUGCGCCAGCUCGCCGUGAUUCCUCCCAUGCUCUACGAUGCUGACCAGCAGCGCAUCAAAUUCAUCAACAUGAACGGCCUUAUGGAUGACCCUAUGAAGGUCUACAAGGACCGGCAGGUGAUGAACAUGUGGAGCGAGCAGGAGAAGGAGACCUUCCGGGAAAAGUUCAUGCAGCACCCGAAGAACUUCGGCCUCAUCGCGUCCUUCCUGGACAGGAAGACGGUGGCGGACUGCGUGUUGUACUACUACCUGACCAAGAAGAAUGAGAACUACAAGAACCUCGUGAGAAGGAAUUACCGGCGGCGCGGGAAGAGCCAGCAGCAGCAGCAAAUGCCCCGCUGCGAAGACAUUUACCAGCAGGUCCCUUUCAGGAAGAUAAAUGAGGAGGAGGCAGUGAUGAAUUUGAAUGCCCUGAUAUUCAACCUGUCUCCAUCAGGUCUCUGCAUGCGGAGCUGCAGCGUCUGCAGAAAGGACAAGAAUGACGACACGUCCGGGGAGGACAACGACGAGAAGGAGACGGUCACCUCCAAAGGUCGCAAAACCGCCAACAGCCAGGGCCGGCGCAAGGGCCGCAUCACCCGCUCCAUGGCCAACGAAGCCAACAACGAGGAGGCGGCGGCUCCGCAGCAGAGCGCAGAGCUGGCUUCUCUGGAGAUGAAUGAAAGCUCGCGCUGGACAGAAGAAGAAAUGGAGACGGCUAAAAAAGGUCUCCUUGAGCAUGGGCGGAACUGGUCAGCCAUUGCCAGGAUGGUGGGCUCCAAGACCGUGUCGCAGUGCAAAAACUUCUACUUCAACUACAAGAAGAGACAGAACCUGGACGAGAUCCUACAGCAGCACAAGCUAAAAAUGGAGAAGGAAAGGAACGCAAAGAGGAAGAAGAAGAAAGGCACCGCCGUGCAAAAUGAAGAAGCGGCCUUCCCUCCCGCAGCCGAGGACGAGGAGAUGGAGGUGUCGGGGACGAGCGGCAACGAAGAGGAGAUGGCUGAGGAGGCCGAAGCUGCAGUAAAUAACAGCUCCGACACCGAGAGCAUUCCCUCGCCGAGGCCCGAAGCCAAAGAGGGAGGCGAAAACGGGGCCAAGGCACCAGCCGGGCCGGGAGGUGACUCCAGCGCAGAACCGGCAGUCAAGUUGGAAGAGGCUCCCACACCCCCCGAUGCUCUCGCUGCUCCCACUGCUCCUGCUGCCAACCCCGCUCCUGCCUCCAGCCCUGCUCCGGAGGCAGCUCCCGAGCCGGCCGACAGCGAGGAGAAGGCCCAGGAGGACGUGGUGGUGGACGUGGUGAAAACAGAGGAGCCGGAGGAGAAGGAGAGCGAGGAGCCCUGCAAGAGCGAGGUGAAGAAGGAGGAGACCGAGGAGAGCCAGGACAAGGACAAGGGGAAUGACAAGAAGGUGGAAAGCAGUGUCAGCGCUGGAGGAACAGCAGGGGCAGAGGGGACACCCAAGGCUGAGAAGAAGGAGGGUCAUAAAGGCAGUAAAGGCGCCGGCGUGAACCCGGAUAGCGACUCCAGCGCGACGUGCAGCGCGGAUGAGAUGGACGACCAGGACGCUGUGGACAAGAGCAGGCUGCUGUCCCCCCGGCCCAGCCUGCUCAACACGGCCAGCGACGCCAGGCUGAACUCCUCGCCGCAGAAACCUCUGGACCUGAAGCAGCUCAAGCAGCGCGCGGCCGCCAUCCCUCCCAUCAUUUCCGAAGGUUUCUCGGAGGGGAUAUUGCAGAGCGGAAGCGUGAAGCCUCAGGUGCCUCCCCAUGCCCUGGCCCUCUACCAGCAGCAGAUCACUAAAGCCCACGAGUCUGCCCGCGAGGACGUGCCCCCGGGGAAGCUCCCGCAGGCCCCGCAGCAGCCCGACAAGGAGCCGCAGGCGCCCAGCAGCAGUCCCCGCGGGAAGAGCAGGAGCCCGGCCGGCGGGGACAAGGAAG